AGUACGGCUUCCAAUGUACUUUCUGCUGUGGCAGUUCUGCUCAGAAACUGAUUAAGGUUUGCUUGAAAAGGCAGUGAUUCUGCACUCAGGAAACAAAUUUUCCAGGAUCCACAUUAGCAGGAUUUGAUACAGAACUUGGUUUAUCAAUAUACAUAGCAGCUUCCCAGCAAAAUGCCCCGAGUGAAUGCAAAGGCAACUGCUGCAUUUCAACGAUCCCAGAGAGUGAAGCUGGGGCCCAGAAAGCAGAAAACAGAUCUUAGGGAGAAAGAAGACAUGCAGAAUCUGUGUGCUACAAAUGGGAAAACAGAGCAGUGCUGUGGGGAGCACAGGCGUAGACUAGAGUUGUUUUGCAAGGAGGAUGAAAUGUUUAUUUGUGUACUGUGUGUUCCCAAACAUUCCUGCCACAGCUUUGUGUACCUGCAUGAGGCAGUCGGUGUGUAUAAGGACAAGCUAAAAACAGACUUAUCAUCCCUGCAACUAAAAGUCAAGGACCUUAAAAGUUUGCAAAACAAGAAUGAGAAAGAACUCCUGGUUGUUCAAGAAUAUUUUUACAGUCUGGAACAAUACAUUACGGAUCAGUUUGCAAAACUACAUGAGUUUCUCCAUGACCGAGAACAAAAACUCAUUCAACAGAUUAAGAACAAAGAGGCAAAGAAUUUUAAAGUAGUGGAAGAAAGUCUUAAAUGCAUUAAAGGUAAUGUUACAUAUACCCAUGUGCCAGGGCAUAAUACAGAAGUGGAGGCUCUGAAAGGUGUGGAAGAAAAAUCUGGAAACAGUAAAAGUUAUACUGUGGUAACUCAGGAAGCACUCUCUGAUAAGAAUUUGGAGCUACAAAAACAGCAGAAAACUACUGGAUUUCUAGCAGUACCAGAAACAUUUGAUGAUGUUACCGUCUCUUUCUCGGAAGAGGAAUGGAAGAUGUUAAGAAAACAAGACAAGAUGCUUCACAGGGAAGUGAUGGUACAGAACUAUGACACCAUGGUUUCUGUGGGAUUCCAAAUCCCCCCAAGAAAGUUAUUCUUGCUACUUAACGAAGGUAAUGAUCCGGAGCUGCAGCGUAGUGCUUUGGAAGGGGAAAGCAUCACAGGAAAUAAAGCUGAUACAGAACACAAUCUCAACAGUGGGAGACCCCUGCUACAUCACCUAACAGAGAACUUGCAGCAGUGUUCUCAGCCUGUGAAGGACUCUGACAAGCUUCAUGUCCCUCCUGUAUUCCAGUUUCACUCGGGAUUUAACUCAAGCCAGACCACUAAAAGUGACAAUGAAACACACCAGGUACGUCACUCAACAAAGAAUGUGCAGCAGUGUGCUCAGAUGGUGAAAGGCUGCAGAAAGCGUCCUCUCUCUCCUGUGCAGCUACUUCACUCAGGACUUGACUCCAGCCAGAUCGCUGAAGGUAUCAAUGAAACACCUCAGGUACAACACCUGAUAGAGAACCUGUACCAGUGUGAUCAGCCUGUGAAGGGCUCCAACAAGCAUCAUCUUCCUCCUGUAUCACAACUGCACGCAGGAUGUAACCAGAGCAAGAGCUCUGAAUGUGACAAUGAAACACAUUACCUGCAUCACUCAGAGGACCGGCAGCAGUGUGCUCAGACUAUGAAGGACUACAAAAAGCUUCAUCUUCCUGCUGUAUCACAGUUUUCCUUGGGACUUGACUGCACCCAGAGCUCAGAUGGUGAGAGUGAAAUGCAUCAGACACAUCAGGCCGAUGGCCAGCAGAAGAGUGGUCAAGCUGCAGAGGACUUUGACACGUGUCCUCUCAUAUCUGUGCCACAGGUUUGUAACAAGAGCUCUGAAUGUGGUACAAGUGUUACUGUACAACAAAGUCAAGUAGUAGAACAGAGAACGUACCUAGUAGAAAAAAUAUACAAGUGCAUUGAAUGUAGUAAGAGUUUUGCACGAAAGAAUGAUCUUCUAAAACAUCAAAAGCAUGAGAUGUGUACAACUGAAACACCAUAUAAAUGUCCUGAAUGUGAUAAGUGCUACACGACAAAGUAUUCUCUGCUAUAUCACCAAAAGAUUCAUACGGGAGAGAACCCAUUUAAAUGUACUGAAUGCAGUAAGUGUUUCCCAUUCCACAGUAGCCUGGUAAAUCAUCAGAUCAUUCACUCGGGUGUAAAACCGUAUACAUGUGCUGAAUGCAGUAAGUGCUUCUCAUGGAAAAGUCAUUUGAUACGUCAUCAACUCACACACACGGGGGAAAAACCAUAUAAAUGCACUGACUGCAGUAAGUGUUUUACACAGAGAAGUAGCUUGUUAGACCAUCAAACAACCCACUCUGGGAAGAAACCAUAUAAAUGUACUGAAUGCAACAAAUGUUUUUCACGUAGUAGUAACCUUAAACUUCAUCAAUCUAUUCACAAAGGAGUAAAACCGCAUAAAUGCACUGUAUGCGGUAAGUCUUUUUCAUAUCGAUGUUAUUUGAAUCGUCAUCAACUCGUUCACAUGGGGAAGACUGGAGAGAUAGAAUCAGCAAGAACAGGAGAGUAGUACUGUUGGAACUGAAGUUAUACUGAAGUCUUGGUGAGUACCUUCACAUAGGGCACCCCGUUUUAAGAAAGUCUCACCAAGACGACACUGACAUACAGACAGCAUCUCGUAUAGCAUAUAUCAUAGAGAGGGGUAAGAUAAAAAGAAAAACAGUUGGGUGCAGAAGCCCCAGGAUAAAAAAAUGCCCAGUUCUGGUGUGCACACUGGUGCUAGGAUGCACAAUACCUAUUGUGUUAACUUUACUCGGACUUUGACUUAGGAAUGAGGUCCAUUCCCAUCAUGGUAUUAGAAAACCAAAAGACUUGGAGAAAUUAGAGUAAAACCUCAUAAAUGCACUGUAUGCGGUAAGUGUUUCUCAUAUCAUCUUCUCUUUGUCGAUGAUUUAAAGCUGUAUAGCUCAUCAGAUGAGGAACU